AUGAUUCCGUCGUCAGAAUUCUCAUCAGCUUUCAAACUUUCAUUAGAUUCAUUAUCAGUAUCUUCAGUUAAAUUAACUGCAUAUUGCUUCAUGGUCACUCCAAGGAGCUCCACACUAUGUCGAACCCUACAGUACUGUCAUCCUCAAGUAAAAUGCCACCGUCAAAACAAAGUAACGGACGCUCCCAGCUCUAAACAAGCCAAAGUCACAACGCUCCCACUAGUCCCCAAUUCAAAUGUGAAUCAAUCUAACCCAAGAAAAUCUACUAGUUAUGCCAAUGUUGCUAAUGGAUUAUUUCCUAAAAAAGAUCAAGCAAUAAUUAUUGAUGCUGUUGAAGGAUUUGAUGUAAAAGAAUAUAUUUUAGCUAUUGCUGCUGUAACGUCUUCUAGGGCCAUUUUAUACGGCUCUAGGAUCUCCAACGCUCGGGUAUGUGUUUAUCUGGACUCCAAAGAAACAGCUGACAACUUAGUCGACGUUCAACAAAAAAUUACUAUUCAAGAUGUUAUUCUUCCUAUUAGACACUUGAUCAUUCGUAAUAAGCGAAUUGUUCUGUCCAACGUGUGCCCAGUUAUCCCCCAUUACGUCAUUGAAGACCGACUUGGGGAAUUAGGGAUCCAGGGCAAGUUUAUAUCUUACCUGAUGACAUUGAGAAACUACCUGAGUCCUUCCAAGUUUACUACGAGGAUACUAACUACUGGAUAUACACUUCAUCUGACACUUUAA